AUGGGGAUGUCUGACCAUGUACCAACACACCACGCAGGUCUUCAGGAAAGCUUGGAGAAGCCGCUGGGGAGCAGGCAGCAGCCUCGCUGGAGCCUCCCCGGGAGCAGAGAAGGCCAGGAGGACAUACCGGCCAAAGGCAGCGUCAGCAAGAUGUUGGAGCAGGUGCUGAGAGAGCUGCAACCCCUUUGCACCACGGAGCAGCAGUUCAUCGAGAAAUUCUUCCAGCUGAGCCAGGAUGCUGCAGACCUGCCGGUGCUGGAGGCAUCUGCCACUAAGGGAGGAGAGAACGUGGCAUCUCCAGAGGACCCUCCGUGCACCAAGCCUCGGAGCCAACUGGAAGAACCUACCAGUCAGCUGCUGAGUGAGAUCUUCAGUUGCCUGGAACCGGAGCUGAGAGGAUUUCUAGAUGUCUGCAGCAAGGUCCACCCAUUUGGCUGCGUGCAGGUCCUGCUGACCUUGAGUGAUUCCAUCUUUGAGAUGUGGGGCUCUUCCUCAGCUCUCCCCUCGUCCUUCCUUAACACCAUCCUGGGCAACGUGCUGCUCCUGGCCAAGAGUACCUUCAACAAAUGCAUUGGAACCUUGUGCAAAGAGAUCGAGGAGGCAAAGAUGCCCAGCAAGAUGAGGGGUGGGAUCCUGCCCUCCGUGAGCCGCUUUGAGGAGUUUGUUAACUUCUCAGAGGAGGUGUUCCGGACAGCUCGGCGGAGAGGGGAGCUGGACAAAGCACAUCGCAGGCUGGCCAGCAGCGUCUUCAGCAGCAUCAAUAGUCUGUCCUCAACCAACCUGAAGGUGAACACAGAUAUGGUCAUGAUGGAAAACUUCCACCACAUUCACUGCUUCCUCUGCCAAAAGAAGAUCAACUGCCUGGAGGACAGGAAGAGAGAAGCCAAGCAGAGGUAUAGCGAGCACAUGGAGAAAUAUGUCAUCACGUACCUGGGCCAUCCCCUGGAGAAGCUAAAUCACUUCUUUGAAGGGGUGAAAGCCCGCGUGGUUCAAGGGGUGAAAGAAGAGGAGGUCAGCUUCCAGCUGGCCUACAGCAAGCAAGAGCUGAGGAAGGUCAUCGAGAAAUACCCUGGCAAGGAAGUGAAAAGAGCCCUUGAGACCCUCUACAGGAAAAUGCACAAGUACCUCUCCCCAGAGGAAAAUCUCUUGCCGGUGGUGUGGCACGCUAUGGAGCAGGAACUCAUCCGUCAGUACCAAGAGUUUGAGGAUCUGAUCCAAUGCUGUUAUGCAGAGUCAGGGAUUGCCAUGGACUUCACCAUGGAGGACUUGCUGAACUACUUCAGCUCCAUCACCCUGUCCAACAUGUAG